UUCGUAACUCUGUCUGUCCUUCAAUUCUGUCUCUCUGUCGCGGCGUAGGGAAGUGGCUGUCGUCGAUUGCUGAUCGGCGGCGACUCAGCUUCGCAGCGCAGGGAAUCUGCGGCGACAAACCCUUCUUGCAGCCGGUGAGUACGUUCGCAAAGUAGAGAAGAGGUACCAAAUCUUCUCGUCUCGUUGUUCUGGGUUUGUGGCUUCCUCGUGGCUGCUUGCUCCGAUUUGUUUGUGGCGGCAGCAUUGCAAGUAUUUGUUUUGACCCUUGCUCUGAUUCUGAGUUUAUAUAUGCUUCAAGCUGCUUCUUGUGUUAUUUCAUCCCAAAUCCCUCUCAAAUCACUCGAAUUAAAAACACUAAUCCAAACGAACCCUAGGUGGUUUGUGCGUCUGUUCAUGGAGUCUCUUCCAAUCUGCCUAUUGGGAAACCAUUGUGAGACUUCAUGUGCGGACAACUGGGUUAGUUUUAAUGAUCAAGAAUAACAAGGGAUAGAACUCCUCAGUUUUUAUUUUGGUGGUAUGGAUGGACUUGACUGAAUGGAUUAGACAGCGAGAAGGAAAGAUGCAUGUCCUGGGAAGUGAAAAAGAUGUGUUUUUAGGAUCAAUGAAUUCAAAAUUAUGAAUUUUGUGAGCUAGUUGGGUUCUUUAUCUAAUUAUUCCUUCGCUUCAUGUCAGGCUCAGUUGAUAGUCCUUGGAGGAGAUAGCUUCUUCAUAGAUGUUCACUCUACGUUGGGCAUUUUGAUCCCUCCCACUGAAGACAAUGAUUUACUGGAGCAGAGUUGCUCAAUCUCAGCUGAGACUUCUAUUGCAUCAGUGGCCCAGACAUUAUUUCAAAAUUUCCUAUGCGUCCUCUAUUGUUCGCAAUGCUAACUUUCACUCGGGUGCGUUUGCGUGGGGAGACCGUUUAUCAGGAAUUGAUGUAAGGCCUGGUGAGUUUUACUACAAUACCAGGUUCUUCGCUUCUAGCUAUUCUCAGGUUAGGGGAAGGAAGGAAGACGACAACACUGGUGAGCCCCGUCUUAAUGGGCACAUUACAGGCAACAUUGUAAGGCUUGUGACUGAUUCAGGGCACAAUGUUGUUUCACUGAGUGAAGCACUAGAACAAGCGAAGAGAAUGAAUCUUGAUUUGGUUGAGGUUCAAAGGACUGCUGAUCCACCCGUUUGUAAAAUCAUGGACUACCACCGGGAGAAAUAUGCUCGAGAUCGAGUUCAGAAGGAAAAAGAGCGUGCUAAAAGUAAGUCAGAUGUGAUGUUGAGAAAAGGAGCUUGCAAGGAAGUUCGAUUUACCAAGAAAACUGAACUAAAAGAUUUGAAAAUGAAAGCAGAUUCUGUGAAAAGAUUGAUGGAGCGUGGUUACCGGGUGAAGUGUGUGGCUCUGCCUUCGGCAAGGAAGUAUGAGGAGCAGGAGGAUUUAGGAGCAUUGUUAUCCAAUCUCACUGAUUUGCUUGAAGACACAGUUGUGGAAAGUGGACCAUUGUUGGAGAGAAAACAGGCGUACAUUAUAGUUAGACAUAUCAAAUUUGGUCCAUCCAAGAAAGGAACAAAAAAGAUCAAGGAUGCAUAUGCCCCUUCUUCAACUCACACUUCUGAUACAUCUAUAGAAGAUCCUGCUGAAACCGAAACAGAAAUGGAAGAUGAAAUCCUUUUGAAUGAGGAUUAUGUUCCGGAUACAGGCAUGCUGGACAAUCGUUCCCCUUGGGCAGUAAAAGAUCCAGCGAGUAAUACUGUUGGUGUUUCCAAUAUUCCUAAUACUAAUGAUGCAUAUAGACAUAGCAUGGAUCGAGCUAUUGCAGGAAGAGCUUCCAGCUUGACCUCCAAUGCUCCGAAGUUCCAUGAUCCCAGACAAAGGCAUGCUCCAGAAACAGCAGAGAUGGAGGUUUCAGCUGGUAUACCAGAGCCCACAACUUUUGAAAAUAGGUAUAAAAGAAGUGAACCCGCAAACAACCGUUUGAGAUCUACAUCAGUGGAUAGUAAUAGAUCUCAAGAGGGAGGCUCUUUCAGGUUUGAACCACAAUCUUCAAGAAGUCGACAAAGAUCUGAUUUUAGGCGAGAACCUUCUUCACCUUCUGCUCCAGGUAAUGAAGCACCUGGGUUUGGUGUAUUUAGCUCUCCAAGGGGAGGUGGGCAGUCAGAAGCUAAUAACAGCAGCAACAACAAUGUAGGAAACCGUUAUGGCGCUACCCGGAGGUAUUAGAACUGAAUUCAAACCCUCUCGAGGCCUCAAAUGGUACCAGGCCCUGAUGAUGAUGAAGGGGAUUUGUGAUGUCUUGGUGAGGUGGCAGUGGUCAGUGAGCCUUGAGGUCAGUUUGUAGAGUGCCAUAUGCAAGGAAUAAGCUUAGCAUCGGAAAAUAACAGCCUUGGCACAAGCACUUCUAGUUCUACAGGAUGCCAAAGUUGGAGAGUCCAAACAAUUGAUUGACUGACAAUUCAUCUCUAGUUUCACUAGCACUUUUAGUACAAAAAGCCAAAUUUUAUUGCUCUGAUGUUUACUGGGUUAUAUACGUAUUGCUAAGUUAAUUUUGAUGGAUCAUACAGUUGCGGAAUAGAUGGUGAGGAAUGAGGAUGUAUUCCACAUGGCUUGUGUAGAUGCAUCUUUCCAGCUUGAUAUUCUUCUCAGGUUAUUAGCUUGAGUAGAAAAGGUUAAGGUCUCAAUGGCUUUUGUUUCUCCAUACCAACAAUCUUAAUGCAGAAACCGCUACAGCGUACAAGUAUGAGGAUGGUUUGGGUAGUUUUGGGAAGCUGGAUUGUUGAUCUUUGAUGUAUAUCAAGUAUAUUGCCUAGACACCAGUAAUGUGACAUCUGAAUACGAGUUGAGUAAUUAUUUCUUUGUUACUCACUGAGAUUUGAGAUUAAAAAACAAAAAACGUG